UCACCUUGUUCGUUUUCAAGUUCCAACUUCCAAAACGCAGCAGCGAAGACGCCGACCAAAAAUGGAGUUUGCCAACAGAUUGGUGGGCUUAGCAUCGAGAGCCGCGAACAGUAACGCAGUGAUAAACGUAUGCCUUGUAGGGUCGUUCGCAGCGCUAUGUGCACGAUCGAUAUACCAGCAGAAGGACAUACAAGCAUUGGAAGCAGAGAAGGAUACUCUAAUAAAAUCAAAUAAAGCUAUGAAAAAGACCAUGUGGGACUGGAAACAACAGCUCUUCGCUGAAGCUGAAUCCGACGCCGCUUUGGUCCCUCUUGCUAGACUCAAGGCCAUCUACGGCGACGCGCCCUCAUCUCCAAGCGGAAAUGCUGUGAAAGAAGAUGCAAAAUCAUCGGUAUCCAAACUUGUAAUUUGAAGUUGUUUCUUAUAAUCAACUUUUCACUUUGGCUAGCAUGCAGACCAGAAUGUAGGAGCUGUUGCAAUGGUAGUUAUUAUAAUCUCUUACUUUGGCAGAUAAAUUAAUGAAUUGGAUUUUGGGGUUAUGGCCAGAAGACCUAUUAUUUUCCCCUUGUAAGCUGCUGGAUGUUGAAUGUCAUGCUUCCGUUACUGGUCAAUUUAUGUUAAAAGUUGUAUGAAGGGGAUGAGUAAUUUGAAGCAUUAUAACUUAUCAUCUUAAAUGACAAAAAUCUUUCUAGAUUUAUUUU